AUGACACAUUUAGUAUCAAGAUUAGUGUUAGUUUUAUUAGUAACAGUGUUAGUUGUAUUAGUAACAGUGUUAGUUGUAUUAGUAACAGUGUUAGUUUUAUUAGUAACAGUGUUAGUUGUAUUAAUAACAGUGUUAGUUUUAUUAGUAACAGUGUUAGUUGUAUUAGUAACAGUGUUAGUUUUAUUAGUAACAGUGUUAGUUGUAUUAGUAACAGUGUUAGUUUUAUUAGUAACAGUGUUAGUUGUAUUAGUAACAGUGUUAGUUUUAUUAGUAACAGUGUUAGUUGUAUUAGUAACAGUGUUAGUUUUAUUAGUAACAGUGUUAGUUUUAUUAGUAACAGUGUUAGUUGUAUUAGUAACAGUGUUAGUUUUAUUAGUAACAGUGUUAGUUGUAUUAGUAACAGUGUUAGUUUUAUUAGUAACAGUGUUAGUUGUAUUAGUAACAGUGUUAGUUGUAUUAGUAACAGUGUUAGUUUUAUUAGUAACAGAAGUAAUAGAACAAUAUUUUGAUCUCAAUAUGUUAGAUGAAGAAUUGGAUAUAUGUUCCACGGAACAGUGCAAAAUUUCCCACAUUUAA